GAGUUGUAAGUGAGCAGCCACUAAGAAAGGUUUCCUGCAAGCCAGGACAGCUGUCCCAGCUGCUGUCAGCUAAGUUCUCGGCUGCUGUGGCUCAGGGUCCCGUGCGUGAGGCUCCGGCCAGUCCUUCUCACUCCCUCCAGAAGGAAACUCACUUUGAAGUCCCCCAAGAUGGAUUUGCAUCUAGGGGCUGCCCUUGGACACUGGGGUCCCCUGCUCCUUGCUCUCUUCCUGGCUUCCUCCAGAGGUCAGGUGGCAGCCCUCAAGCUCACCACUCCAUACUCCCUCUAUGUCUGUCCUGAAGGGCAGAAUGUAACCCUGACCUGCAAGGUCUUGGGCCCGCUCAUAGACCGACAUGACUCACUGUACAAGACAUGGUACAUGGGCCACCGAGAGAACCAGAGCUGCUCAGAGCGAAGGCCCAUCCGCAAUGUUACAGAGCGAGAGCUGCACCCACACCACAGCGGGCAUCACACUGCCAACAGUAGCCAGAAUCCUGCUGGGCACAAGGACCCCACUCUGCACCAUGGGGUAGAGCUGAGCUCCGACCACCAUGGGAACUUCUCCAUCACCCUGCUUAACCUGACUUUGCAGGACAGUGGCCUCUACUGCUGCAAGGUGGUGGAGUUUAAUCAUCACCACUCUCAGCAGGCAUUCCAUGGUCUUGUGGAGCUCCAGGUGCACAAAGGCCAAGCUCCACUCUCCAAAUGCACAUUGCACCCAGCCUCCACCCAGGAAAGUGAAAAUAUCACAGCAGCAGCCUUGGCCACUGGAGCCUGCAUUGUGGGCAUCCUCUGUCUGCCCCUGAUCCUCCUCUUGGUCUACAAACAGCAGCAGGCAGCCUCCAACAGGCGUGCCCACGAGCUGGUGAGGAUGGAGAGCAAUGCGCAGGGCAUUGAGAACCCCGUUUUUGAAGCCGUGCCUCCUGGGAACCCCGAAUCAAAGCCCAAGCCUCCUCUAUCCUACAUGGCUCAGAGACAGCCUUCUGAGUCAGGACGGCACCUUCUCUCAGAACCCAAUACCCCAUUAUCUCCUCCUGGCCUUGGAGAUGUCUUCUUCCCAUCGCUAGAUCCAGUCCCUGACUCUCCUGAUGCAGAAGCAGUCUAGAACUGCUUAGCAUUGAGGGGGAUGAUAAUAGCAUUGCUGAGGGACAGGGGCUAGGCCUGGGCAGUCCACAGGCUGGCCCUGUGGACAAAUUCCCCCUUGGACUCAUUGUCUAUAGUUCUUUGGUGCUCUCUUGGCCUUCUCCCACCCAUGCAGGACCUAAGAGUCCUGAUGAUCCCUCAGGAUCCAACACAGGGGAAAGAAAAAUACUUCAUCAAUCAACUCCCCUUGGCUCCUGGUCGCCAGAGAUACUGUGGGACCCCACUACUCAGAGAGACGAAUGACUCAUCAGCCUCACUCAAUAUCCUGGGACAAAAGGCUUGGAUCUGAGAAUCUUCCCCCUAAUUCUGAGCUCUUCCUGUCACUAUGCCUUAGGACCAAGAUAUAGUGAACUCUCCCCCUCCCCCUCCCCCCUUCCUCAUACCCACUCCGGGCUCCUGGACAGGGGGAAGCAAACCAGAAUUCCCCUAUAGGCUACCAUGGCAAUGUUAAACCUGGUCUGUAGGGAAAGAUCCCACCAGCUGAUUCUCACUAUGCAAUCAAGAACUCAUUAACCCAUUCUGAGGUGUGUGUAUUUGUGGGAGUGCCUUCCUUAACAAAGACUGAGACCUUGGGAGGGGAGAGAGAGGUGGGCAAUGAGCCCAUCCAGCCAGUGAGGAAGACUUUCCUGACCUUAUUCUAAGGUUGCCCACAUCCCAGCUGUGUGUGUAAGUUAAGCCACAGGUCACAGAAGACCACAGGGAAACAAGGCUUUGGGCUUAGGGGUUCGCCUUCCCUUGGCUCUGGCCUCUCCAGGUUAAGCUGCCCAGAUUCCCCCUCGCCCCAGACAAGAAGUGCUGUUUGGAGGUACCAUGUCACUGUGAGCAAUGGGGCAUCUUGGGCAAUCAGGGGUGGAACUUGGGCUGAAAUAUCCUUUCCUGGCAGUUGGCAGGGAGUGAUGGGGUAAGUGGUGGACAUUGUCACAGGGGUGAAUGAAGAGAAGGAACUCCUCAGCAUCUAUCUGCUGGCCAGAGGGGGAUCCAGGAGAGCUAAGGGGAUCUAGAGAGCCUGGGCUUGGUGGUGGACUCGGCUGGCGAGCCAUGGUGGCUUUGAGGAAUCUACCUGCCUCCUCUGAGCCUUCAUUUUCUGACCUAUAGAGUCUGGAGAACAAUCCCUGCUUUGUCCUCAGUCGAUGGAGAGGAGGAGGGGGAGGAGGAGGAGGAAGAUGAAGAGGCACUCUGUAAAUACAAGGCAUUGUUAGCACUCUGCUAUCUGUUCACCUUUGCUGCUUUGUAUGCAUGGAUUUGUACCUGGAUUUGUUUAUAAAAAUGUGUGUGUAUGUUUACAUAGAUAUAGAAGCAAAAAGGGGACACUUUUUUCAAGUUGCAAUUAAAGGAUUUUUAAAGAA